GAGUGCGCGCCCUCCACACCAAGUGCGCCUGCGCGGAGCCUGUAGUAGCCUUUCUCGCGCCGGGCGCUCGUCGCUCGCCGGCGGCCAUGGGGGAGGCCGAGGUAGGCGGCACGGGCGCCCCAGGCGAUAAGGGCCCAGGCGAGGCAGCCCCGAGCCCUGCUGAGGAGACGGUGGUGUGGAGCCCUGAAGUGGAAGUGUGCCUCUUCCACGCCAUGCUGGGCCACAAGCCUGUCGGGGUGAAUCGACACUUCCACAUGAUUUGUAUCCGAGACAAGUUCAGCCAGAAUAUUGGGCGCCAGGUUCCAUCCAAGGUGAUCUGGGACCAUUUGAGCACUAUGUACGACAUGCAGGCACUGCACGAGUCUGAGAUUCUGCCAUUCCCAAAUCCAGAGAGGAACUUUGUCCUUCCCGAUGAGAUCAUUCAGGAAGUCCGAGAAGGAAAAGUGGUCAUUGAAGAAGAAAUGAAGGAGGAGAUGAAGGAGGAUGUGGACCCCCACAGUGGGGCUGAUGACGGUGAGUGGAAGUGCCUUCUGGAGCCGUCACCACCACGGGCCAGCCUCAGGCAGAGUGAGGUCAGGAAGCUGAGAGUCAGGAGCGAAGCAUCCCUUUCAGAUGAACUCAGUGUGGGAGGGCCUCUGAGAGCCAUGAGGAAGGGGCCGAGGCCAAGGCUGGGGGCCUCUGAGAGCCAUGAGGAAGGGGCCGAGGCCAAGGCUGGGGGCAUUGGGUGGGCUUAGACAGGAGACCCCCUGAGAGACUCGGUUUCUCUUCGAGCCCAGCUGUACAGGGCACUUACCCGGGGAACAUACUGGGUCCGAACGCCUGGUUUCUCUAGCUGAAGAGGAAAAUGAGAUGAGUUUCUGGAUAUUCUGUUUUCAGCCAAAUGAUUUUGUUUCCCAGUUUUUUCAUCUUCAGGGAGCUUGGGGAAAGCAUUAGAAAAAUCCAGCAAAGACAAAGAGAAGAACUCCUCAGACUUGGGGUGCAAAGAAGGGGCAGACAAGCGGAAGCGCAGCCGGGUCACUGACAAGGUCCUGACUGCCAACAGCAAUCCCUCCAGCCCCAGUGCUGCCAAGAGGCGCCGCACAUAGACACCUCAGCCCCAGGUGGCCAAGAGAUGCUCCAGCUGCCUGUCCUCAGGUCCCUGGGUGAAUGUGGCCAUCCAGCAGAGAUGCUAGUGGGGCUUCCGCUGUGUCAUCAGACCUCCAGAGCACUUGAUUGGUCCAAAAGGCCAGCAAGACCGGUGUCCACUCUGCUGGAUGGUGAAGCCUCUGAGCCAGCCUCUUGCUUUCUCCUGGUCAGUUCCCUUAUGCCCACAGUGUGUGGAGAAGAGCAGGUGCGUGGGCCAGAGGACCAAGAGUCAGCAAGCAAUAAGACGUCACCCUCACUGUCCUCAGGAGCCAGGCAUCCUCCCUGGGUGCCCAGUCUUUGCAUCUGCUUUUCCUGUAAGACUCCAUUGUGCACUGGCAUCCAGAGAAGGUGUCUUUGGAGUUCACACAGCACACACUGUGCACAGAAGGCCUCCCCCAUCUGGGAAAUAGAACUGGAUAUUUUGCCUCAUUCACUUGUACUGUAAUAGUGUAUAUAAUUUAGUUGGUAUUUCACUAUUUAAUUUUUAAGAAGCCUAUUUUACUAGUGUUUUGUAUGAAGAAAAAUACUGCAGAAGUUAAACCUGUGAUGUGUUUUUUUGAGCUGUUUUGUUUUAAGGUAACUACUGAGAUACGUCUGGCUGUUUUUAUAUGCCAGAUACAGAGAAUUUUUAGCGGUUAUUUUUGUAAUUUUAGUAACUUGGAAAAGACCAAAUAAGGGGGUGGAACAAAGGAACAGCCAUCAGGCUGAAAAGCCAGUGGCCUGAUGGCUGAAGCACAUUUUCAUUUGCAGGAUAUUAAAGCAUUAAAAAACUA